AUGCUUCUUGAUCAUAGAAAACGCCAAAACGAAUCCGCCGACGAGGAGCAGGAGUUUUCUGAGGUCUUCAUGAAAACUUACGCCUACACGGACAGUUUUCGAAAGUUUAAAAACAAGGAGACCAUCAUGUCUGUGCGAAGCUUGCUGAUGCAGAAAAAACUGCAUAAAUUCGAGCUGGCUGCCCUGGGUAAUCUGUGUCCGGAGGCGCCUGAAGAGGCAAAAGCCCUAAUUCCCUCACUGGAAGGUCGUUUCGAAGAUGAGGAGCUGCGCCAAAUACUAGACGAUAUCGGCACUAAACGCAGCUUGCAAUACUAA